AAGCUCAAUGUCUUGUUUACAGGUGUCAUUGCUGAUGGGAGAGGCUCCUGGAUGGGAUUCAGGGGCAUCACCAGGAACUCCCAGCCCCUGGGAACCCUGUUGGAUGAGCAGACCUUCUCCAUCAUGUAUCAGCAAGAAGCCACCUGGCAGCAGUCCCUGUUCAUGCAGAUGCGCGUGGCUCCGGUGAUACUGCGGGGCCCAUCGAUGCUGGCCCUGAGCUCAGCUCAGUGCCCCCCAUCUGUGCGGGUCCAUAGGGGCCAGGGAGCCUGCAGCAGACCACAGGAUAGCAGCAGCACGGUCCUGCGUUGUUCCAGUUACAACAUCUUCACUGGAGUGACUGGCCCCAUAAUAUGUGUUCUUGCACAGCAUGAGAUGUGUCUGACUUCUAAGGAAAAUGAGACGCCAGACACAGUGAUGGGGCACCAACAAGACUGUGGACAGGAAAUGGGUGAGCUGCCAACCACUGAGCUGCUGUCCCAGAGACCACAAGACUCCACUUCUGUCUUCAUCAUCACAGAGCCCUAUGAUCUGGAGCAGACCUCUGAGGAGACCCCAGUUCACUGGACAGCUACAGAAAAAGUAGAGUGAAGGAGAUGGAGGGAGAGUGGAGAGAAACCUACAGCACUGCUUCAACUGCUUGUAAAGCUCUUCCAUUCUAGGGGGGACACGUGUCUUGAGCCCAGCAGCUUGUAACUAAUGCUCUGAGCCAGGUGCACCACAGCCUUCCACCACUUCUUGUCUUAAACAGCUCUGUAGGAUGCAGUCCAUCAGAUCACAGACAAGAAACAUUCAGAUUAACAUCAGUGAGAGAAUCACUGGUCAGAAAUAUCAGGGUGUUGAGCACCAGACAGUGUGUUUGUGUCUGUGUCUGAUUGUGUGGGAGAGAGGUGGGGACAAGCCUGUUCUCACUGUCCUGCUGCAUGGUCUGAGUGCAUGACCAGGCUGAGUGGUUCCUCAGACUUUUCUUUCUUUCUUA